GCUGACCCCGUGAUCAGUACGCCAGUUCCGACGGGAUCCUUAUAAAGUAGCCACUACCAUUUUUAUUAUUCUUUAAAAAUGGCUUUUGUAUACAAGACCAUACAUUUACUGACUGUUGUGUCCCUGGCACUAGCAGCAAAACACGGUGGCUACUCAUAUAACCGCUUUAGUGGGCCGGUCAGUGGUCAAAUUGUUGAAGUCCAAGUGCCAGCAGCGCUAGAAAUAGCAGCACAGCAGCAUGCCAGCUAUGGUUAUGACCAUCAUAGAGGAGAGAUCGACCCUGAAACUCAGAAGUACGCGCACUUGAAGACUGUUGAUUAUGUGGCCAAACCCGACUAUCAUUACGCUUACGGUGUAGAGGAUCCUCUGACAGGUAAUCUGCAGAACCAUAAGGAGCAUCGUGACGGAGAUGUUGUCAGUGGAGAGUACUCGCUGGUUGAGCCUGAUGGUUCCGUUCGUGUUGUUAGGUAUACUGCUGACCCCAAAAACGGUUUCCAGGCCACGGUCCAUAAACAGACUGGCGGCGGACAAGCCCAAAGGCCAGUGCAUUACGGUAACAAAGACGACGAAAGUGACAGGGAGUAUUAGUGUAGUGCUAACGUAAUGGUAAACCUGAUCUUACGUGUGUAUGUAAUAUGUGAUUUCUCUGUAAAAAGUAGAUUUAUUAUCAACAUUCUUUCAAGUUUUGUGCUACCACAUCAUAGUUGAUGGCAACUCCUUUGUGAAUUCCUAACUGUUUGUAUUUUAUUUUGAUUUUGUUUUGUAUCUUGUUUAAUUUCCUUCUUUUGUAUUGUUGUUUUAUAUUAUUUUAUUAUUGUUUUUUUAAUUGUGUAUUAGCUUCCUCGAUAUUAUUUACUUCCAUUACUUAUUAAGUACUCUGUUUCGUUUCCUAAAAAGGUAAUUUCACAAAAUUUUAAUUUUCACAUUUCUUGGCAAUUGAUUACUAAUAUGUUGAUUGUAUUUCGUCUUUUUUCUUUGUGAUCUCAUGUCUUUUUUGCAUUAAAACCUGACAAUUAAGUCCUUUUAGA